AUGUUACCUCCCACGGCCGGUCUAUCACAAGAACAGCGCGACCGGCCCGAUAUGGCGUUCCAACAACGUCAGAACGUUAGAGACCUCACCAGAGAAAUAAUCAGAAGCGCUCGUGUAGCACACAGACAACAAUCAACAUCUCCUGGAGGCCGCGAGCGGUUCCCAUCAACAUCAUCAACAGAUGAUAACGAGAGCGGCACAGAUGGCGAGGCCGACCGCUCCCGUCGCGCUAGCCUCGUGCACGGCGGACAGCCCACCCCGCCGCCCGGCAUCGUGUCCAUCCGCAAGCGCAGGGGGAACUUGCCCAAACCCUCCGUGAAAAUUCUCAAGAGAUGGCUUUAUGAUCACAGAUAUAACGCCUAUCCAAGCGACGCUGAAAAGAUUACUUUGAGUCAGGAAGCUAAUUUGACAGUACUACAGGUAUGCAACUGGUUCAUCAACGCCCGCCGGCGCAUCUUGCCGGAGAUGAUCCGACGCGAGGGGCACGACCCACUCCACUACACGAUCUCGCGGCGCGGCCGCAAGCAACCCGGAACCUCCUCCAGCGCAAACGCCGGCGUCGUCGUCGCCUCCUGGGAAGGCGUCGAAGUCGAGAACGAUGCUGACCGCAGCGGAGAACAAGACUACAGCGACGGUCUGUUAGUGUAUCGGAGCGACGGUGACGACAUCGGCGACGGUGAGGAGGGCUACUCGUCGAGCGCUGUCUCGGAGGAAGAAGUGAAGUACGACCCCACCGUGUGGCAGUCUGUCAUUAGGUACGGGCCCGAGGAUAGGGAGCUGCAUCCCGCGGCUCGGGGUAGAACAGCAAACGUUGUGACAGUCCGUACUUCGGAGUCAGAGGAAGGUACGGCGGGGGCGAGUGGAGCUACGGAGGCCGCUGCGGGGACGGGAAGUAGUUCAGGAGGAGGGAGCGGUACAGGAGGCUGGCACCCGCAGCUCGCACACCUGCCUCAACUGCCACAUCCGUUGCGUCGCAGGCUGCAGGUGGUGCCGCACGCGUCGGGCGGCGAGGGCGAGCGCGACAAGUUCAAGUGCCUGUACCUGCUCGUGGAGACGGCCGUGGCCGUGCGCCAGCGCGAGAAGGAGGCCGAGGAGGUGCCCGUCUAG